ACACACACACAGAAGAAUACAGUCACCACAGUGAGUGUUAACCAUGUUUCCGUGUCUUUGUUGAGGAAAAGCUCUUAUUGAGAUAAAUGCCACAGAAAUGUCAGCCACAAAUAGGCAGCUGUCAUGGUAACUCCAAUAUCUAAUAUCUAGCUUAAACUUCUCUCUCUUUUUUUUUUUUAAAGCCUGUGUCUGCUCCGGCUCACAGAGGACUGGUGAGCACACAGAAACCAUGGCAACACCUCAGAGAAGGAAAAACAAUCCUUUCUUGACCACUAAAAGGUUUUGAAUGGUUAAUUUAGUGAGUGUGUGAGUGACCGAGCUUAUGAAAACAAAAUCUUUAAAAGGGGGCAACAAACACUCCUUUUGUAUCCUAGCUAUAAAGUCUUAUUUAUAACAUCUGAUUUCCAAAUGUAUGGGUUCAUAAUUAAAACACACACACACACACAUACACACACACACACAGAUAUUUGAUGACUUCUUCACUGUGUCAGAACAGAGACUGCAGUGGGCUGCAUGUGCUGGCAGAUUCCCUAUAGACAAGCAAUCUGAUGUGGAACGCUCGUCCCAUGAGGCAAUGCACUCAGCUUAUCAACAUGAUUCAUCCUCCUGAUAACACUGUGUGUCUUACGGGUGCUGCGCAGUGUAUGAUGGGUGAGGGCAGUCGAAUCAAACACUCCAUGCUUAUUACACAGUAUUUAUUAUCACCAGUUUAGUGAAUGAAGUGGGGCAACAGAACAGUACUACUGUGUUUAAUAGUCUAAUAGCCUCUCUCUCUCAGUCAUUGAACACAACAUGGUUUCACCCCCCUGUUGCACAUGCCUCACAACCUCGUAACAACAACACUCCGUCACCCCUAUUGCGGUAAAUAUUAUAGCUCCUGGCUUUCUCCUACUGAAAUAUUAAAGCAGCUGGGGACGUAUGCUACAGUGUGAGUGGUGGCUGCAGCCCAGGUGUCCGCCCGCUGUCCUCUGAUGACACGUGGAUGAUUAAUCGCGGUGUGCCUGCGCGCGUGCACUUGAGCUGAAACCUGAGGGGUCUCUUACAGACUGUGUGUGUGUGAGAGAGAGAGAAUGAGUGUGUAUGUGUGGUGGUGAUGGUGGGGCUCUAUACCGGACUCCGAAAGGAGGAGGAGAGGAGGACUGCAGGAUGAACCAAUAAACAACAUUUGAGCUGCAGGAGCGCGAGGGCAGUGUCAGAAACUUAAGGCGCUGUCCAUGGUGCUGAAUCGCCGCCCGGAGUCCCCUCUGUCCGCGAGGGGACACGCGACCCUGUGAGCGUCAUCUCUUUUUUUUCUUUUUUUCCCCCCUCCUCUACACCGACCUGUUCGUACCUGGAGCUCACCGAUGAUCCACGAUCCCGAGGAUGAUGGAAGUCUACAUCAUUUGGUCUCAGUCCGCGCGAGGAACACGGAUGAAGGACUUGUGGAUUUAAACGAAUGAAGAAUCUCGUCUCGGCUCGUCAAAAUGUUAGUGAAGGCAUCAUUUGUUCCACACUUUCACCGGUCAUCUAUUCAUUACUGAACUGACCAGCUCGGGCCCGAUACAGCCUGUAACCGUCCAUUCAUCCAUCACGGGAAUCCAACAUGUUAUAAAUAAAAUGAACUACAGUCAUUUAGUUGCCCUUCAAGUAUAGGACACCUGCGUUUUUAACCCCGAGAAGAAGAGCAACGACAACCACCGAGACAUGGCUCGCCUGCUUGUUUUGGUCAACUCCGUGGUCCUGUUGCUUUUUGGCAGUGACAUGUUCUUGGUAGGAGCAAACCGGCCACCAGCUCCAGUCAACGUGUCUGUCAUGCAUUUGCGGGCCGACUCGGUAACUGUAUCCUGGGACGUUCCCGAGGGAGACAUAAUAAUUGGCUUCUCUAUCUCACAACAGAGGCAGGAUGGACACAUGCAGCGAUUCAUUCGCGAAGUCAACACCACCAGCCGCUCAUGUGUCCUUUGGGACCUGGAGGAGGAGACAGAUUACAUCAUCCAGGUCCAGUCGAUUGGCCUUUAUGGGGAAAGCCAAGCCAGCAAGAAGGUUCAUUUUCGCACCCUCAAGAAAACAGACCGUUUUCCCUCCAACAGCUCCAACCAAGAUGACCCUACUGUGCAAGGCCUGGACAAGUCACGGCAUCUACAAACAGGAGAGAUGAUCAUAAUUGUGGUGGUCUUGGUCAUGUGGGCAGCUGUUAUUGCCCUGUUCUGCCGGCAGUAUGACAUCAUCAAGGACAACGACUCCAGUAACAAUAAGGAGAAGGCCAAGCCGUCGUCGGAGAGGAGCACGCCGGAGCAUCAUAGUGGAGGACUGCUGAGGAGCAAGUUUCAUCCCUCUGUGCCAUCUAUCAACAUCAUUGAAGUUUGAGAAGAAGGAUGCCGAAUUAAAAUUCUCUCUCUUCUACCAUCAAUGCAUUCUCAACCUUUCUCACUGAUGAGCAAGAAAAAAGAAAGAAAGGGAAAGGACCUAAGAAAAAAGUUUCUGUGAGCCAUCAUCGGUGAAUGAGGUUGGCCAAGACUGUCUUACAAAGGACACAGAUGCAUGCACACAGUAUUUGUAGGAAAGUGCAACACUGAACUACAGAUACACACUCCGAAAUCCAUCCAGCAACCCCGUACAAAUCUACACACUAACACACACACGGACACACACUGUACAGUAGCUAGCAGAAACCUACAGUACAUGGAUUAAUGUUAACCCAUGGUGCAGUUAACAUUGAUGUCUUUGCCAGGUGCUUGGUAUGUUAUUGCAAUACAAGAACACAGACAUACACACACAAACACAAUACAACUUAAUCAUCUCUGGGAGGCCUGUCUUCACGACUUUAAAUACGCUGUGUAUUUUUGAUAUUGGCAUGUGCAAUGAGAUACCAUGUUCACCUGUUACAGACAAGUCAGCUCUAUAUAAAUCAACAUUUUGUCCAUUGCAAAUAGUGUUAAUAUGCUGCCUGAUCAUAAAUGUAUAUUAUUGCCUGACUGCCGUGGGCAGAUUUUUAAUAAGGAAGAGAGAGCAAAAUACUACACGCAUCAGACAUUCAUAUGUAAGAACUUCACCACUUCAUUUCUUAGCUUUUCCUAUUAUUCAAAUUAAAAUACCAUUUUCAGAGUUACAUUGUAUUUUUUUCAUAUUUCAUACAUAACAAACAUGACUGUACAUAUUUCAUUCAAUUACUAAAUGAAGUUGCAUGCAGGUCAUUUGCCUGUAGAAUAGCAAUUGAUGUGAAGUUUAGAUUCCAAAAAUGGAGAAAUAAACAUGAUUGCAGUACUGUGAAGCUGUUAAUGUUUUCUUCUGUUCUGGAGCAGGACACUAUCUUUUAUCUAUCUAUCUAUCUAUCUAUCUAGUUUUUCAUUUCAGAUCUUGUAUAUUUCCUGAAAAUUGUAUAAUCUAAAGUGUAAAAUAAACCUUCUUUUGAAUGUC